AUGGCACUCGAAGCUCUUGGAUCACCGUCGCCGCCUCUCCGCCACCGCGACAUGGAUGUUCAAGAUUCUUGGAACAAAGGCAAGCGAUCUAAACGCCCAAGAACCACCACCGAUCACGAUGUUGCUCUUCCACAACAACCACCCACAGAAGAAGAGUACUUAGCCCUCUGCUUGAUGCUCCUAGCCAACGGCAGCCCCACCUCCACCUCCACCGCCACCGACACACCGCCGGAAAAUGAGUCUGACUCCCGGGUGCAGGCUUACAAAUGUAGCGUAUGCAACAAGGGGUUCUCUUCUUACCAAGCACUCGGAGGACAUAAAGCUAGUCACCGGAAGAACGUUCCCGACGACCAUAUUCCGUCCACCUCCGCCUCCGCCACCGCCACCGCCACCUUGUCGAGUUCUUCUGUUUUGAAACCUAGUGGAAAAGUACACGAGUGUUCCAUCUGUCAUAGAACGUUCCCCACCGGCCAGGCGCUUGGCGGCCACAAACGACGGCACUACGACGGAAACAACCCUGGCAGCACCGUCACAACGACAUCAGACGGAGGUGCUUCCUCCACCCCUAGUCAACCGCGCGACUUUGACUUAAACUUGCCGGCGUUCCCCGACUUAUUCCAAAUGGGUUUGAGCGUUGACUGUGGGAAGAAAAGCCAAAUGUUGAUUAACGAACAAGAAGUUGAAAGUCCACUUCCGAUGAAGAAACCGUGUUUCUCGAUCAAAACGGAAUAA